AUGACAAGAGAUUUUGCGUGGAAGCCGGCUGCUGCCACAAGUAAUGUAUUCUGUGACAUUGAUCAUAGUUUACAAGCUUUUUUCAGCAGUCAAAUAACGCAUUUAUUGAAUGUUGUCUUGCGAGACAUAAUUUGGUUCUUGUUGCCCAGCUAGGUACUUAACCUUACUCUAGCAAGGUUAGCUAGCGUUAGCUUAGCCAUUUAAUAGCGCAACAUGUAUCUUUUGUAUACAAUACUUGCUGCACUUUUUUGCUUCUUGAUACUAAAAUGGAUGAAGCGAAGACGAUACUGCAUGGAUAUAAAAAGACUGGAUGGAAAAACUGUUCUUAUAACUGGCGGGAACUCUGGUGUUGGGAAAGAGACGGCUGUGGCGUUGGCUCUGCGAGGAGCGCGAGUCAUCAUCGCAUGCAGGGAUGAGGACAAAGCACGGAAAGCCUUGCGAGAGAUCACAGCCAGGAGCCACAACAUGAACGUGCUCUACAUGCGGGUGGACCUGGCCAACAUGAGGUCCAUACGGGAAUUUAGCAAAACCUUCCUUCAGAAAGAGAAGAGGCUGGAUAUCCUCAUCAACAAUGCAGGUGUCCCCGGCAUCCUGGACUGGACUGAUGAUAAUUUCUCCAUGUGUUUUGGUGUGAACCACCUGGGCCACUUCCUGCUGACCAACCUGCUGCUGCCCCGGCUGAGGGAGAGCUCUCCCAGCCGUGUGAUCACACUUACCUGCUCCAGCUACCGGUACCAGAAGCUGGACUUCCAGGACCUCAACUACAACCUGCUCCCUUUCUUCACCUACUGCCGCAGCAAGCUGGCCAACAUCUACUUCACACAGGAGCUGGCCCGUAUCAUGGAGGGGAAAGGGGUGACCGCAUACGCCGUACAUCCUGGCUACGUCCAGAGCAGCUGGACGUGUCACUACUCCUUCCUGUUCCAGCUGCUCAUGAAGGUGAUCAUGUUCACGUUCUUCGUGCCGUGUGAGGCCGGGGCACAGACGGUCGUCCACUGUGCCGUGGCAGACGAGGUCACGGCUCACAACGGCGGCUACUUCUCCGACUGUAGGCCGGGCUCCUUGCGUAUCUUCGCCAAGGACGCAGGUGUAUCCAAAAAACUGUGGGAAGCUAGCGAGAGAUUGGUCAAGCUCGUCUGAGAGUUCUUUUGUUUUAUUUAUUAAAAAAAUAUUAUUUAUGUAUUUUGUUAAUUGAGAUGUUGUGACAUUUAAACUUUUUUCUAUUUAAAUCCAACUACUGAUAAAUGUUCAACUGUUGAUUUCUCACAUGAAGGUCCAGGUUCACACUCCACUUACUUGUUGGAAUAAAUAGUACUUUUAAUGAUGCUGUACUUAAUGUAUUGUUGACCACAUGCCAAUUACUUCUUAUAUGGUGUUAGAUCUUAUUUCAGAUAUCACAAUGAGAGAAGCAAAUGCAUGAUUCUUUAGUAUUUAAAUCUUAAUUUUUAUUUAUAACACUUGAACACGUUUCCUUAAGUCAGGUAACACAUAGCAGGUUCAAGAACAGAGCAACAAUAAGAGUAAGAAUAAUCCAAGAAAUAAAAGAGAAUAUUAUCUUAUACAGAAACCAAACAAAUGACAGAUGGUACGGUGGGGAGUUCAUCUUCAGAGAAACUAUACAGUGAGAUGGAACAGGAAAACGUGGAAGGGAUCAAAACAGUGAAAACAAUGCAGGACUAAAAGCAGCUGAGCUCUGUGUUGUCAGUGCAGGUAACAUCACUGUGCUCUUCACAGCCUCAUGAAGAGAGCAUGCGCUUCAGAUUCAUGGACUAGCCAGAACUCAGUCGCACGGUCAUGCGCAGCUUGAAUGGAAGUACAUUUAUACUUCGGGUUCAGGCGUGUUCCCAAACGUAAUCCUAUCAUGUGAAAAUCAAUCCGAAAAUCCAACAUCAAUAAGAGCAACUCCGAAUUUGACUCCAUUAGCACGUGUGUAUUAACAGCACUGGUGAAGGUCAAACACUAUAAAUGACUUCACUGUCUAUGGACGAGAGAAAUUCUAUUAUUUGUACUGAACGCAAAUGGAAUAUUCAGACAUUUGUGCACUCUUGUUGAAACCCUUACUGUGUAGCUACAGCAGACAUACAGGAGCGUCUCAAGGUUCAGUUCCUAUACCUUCUCAAAGUUCAGCCAGCCUGCAUUGACAACAGUGAGUUUGAAUACAAAAGCAUGCCAUUGAAAUAUCACCACCAUUCUCAUAAUCUUAAUCUCAUUAACAUUAUAACUUUCAGUUACAUAAUCUUCAUCUUUAUCAUCUUGAGACAAAAAUAUUUUAUGCACUUACAAAGCUUGGAAAAUAGAUAAGAGAAAGGUUUACUUAACCUGCAUUCAAUAGUAACUGAAAAUAACAACCAAAAAAAAGAAAAAAAAA